GUACCCACUGCUGUAUUCCGAGCUGUAGGUGGAAUGAGGCUGUUGAGCGGUUCUUUCUUUAGGCUCAGCCCACAAACGAAAAUGUAAAUUUCGCAAAAUUAUUUUUAGGCUUUAUAGAGGAGAACUUCCGUGACAAUGACUGUAUUCCUUUGGAUCCGGGGAGAUGUGGGCUGUAAAGAGAAUAUCCGAUUUUGGCUUAUUUUUUUCCAAUCUAGAUAAAUUGGAAGACUUUCACAUCGAGUAGCCUAACGUUAUUAUAUUUAUAGGGCGGAGGCAAACAUUUGCAACAAUGGGGUUUGCAUUUUAGAUUUCGGAGUGCAGUGCGUUGCUGGACACCACAAGCGAUGCUUGGAUUGUGUAGGCUAUCGUGUCUCGUUUUCGGAGAAUAAGAAAUAAUUAACAAAUAACGGGAGCGUUGUAGCCUUUGCUGUGAACCUCCGAACCAUAUUUCAGUUCUGAAUAGGCUACCACGUGCAUUGUGUACUUUUCAGAAGAGUUCUAUUUAACUAAUGAAGGACAUUCUUUGAGAAAAUGUUCACUUCAGAAUGUGCCGAAUACAAUGCGGUACAGUAGACUACAUAGCCUGACGUGGACGCAUUGAGCUGCUGUUCUGCAGUUUUGGUCUUAGCUGUUUGCCACUUUGUGGAUUACACCCAUCUGUUUAUUGUCAGAGCGUCUGUUUAGUUUUUGUUCUCUAUAGAAGUCCAUAUCAUCAGAACUGAUACUGAAGAUGAGGAACGCAGAGGAGGCGGAUGGAUUUGAUGGCGAGGCCUCCAACACUUCAAUGAUAUCUGGGGCUAGUAGCCCCUAUCAACCGACAACUGAACCAGUUCAUUCAAGAAAUGUAUUCGGGGGAAUCCGAUGUGACACGGCAUAUCUGAAAUCAAAUUUAGGAAUUUUAAAAAUUAUUGAAGUGGUCCUCUCUCUCAUUGCCUUCAUCUGCAUAGAGACCGUUAUGGUGUGUUUGCCCUGUGGAGGUGUGUACUUCUUUGAGUUUGUCAGCUGCAGUGCCCUCCUCAUCACCAGCAUCCUGCUCCUGAUCUUCAGCCUCAGCAUCCACACCAAAGUGCCCCACAUCAACUGGAGUCUCACGGACCUGGUCAGCACCGCCACAAGCUCCUUCUUUUUCCUCCUUGCCUCCAUCGUGCUGGCAGCACUGAACCGCAAGUCUGGAGGAGAAAUCACUGCUGUGAUAGUUGGCUUCCUGGUGAUGGCUGUCUAUGCCUUCAACACGUACCUGGCAGUGAGGAGCUGGUGCACAAGAGAUGGAAGCUCCAGCACCACUCAAUCCAGCGAGUACAUCCGCGCUCGCAGCACGUAAAAGAGUGAGGUGGAAGCAUGCCCUGAGCUCCAGUAACCCACCCAGCUCAGACUGGAAGGGUGCUCACAAUCUCUCAUCUGUUUCACCUGCUAUGUUCCCAGGGACAGCCUGUCCCUGGCCUCUGCCUAAUAACCCAGCCCAGGGAGUUGGAAUUAUUAUAGCUUUUAGUGGUAUACUGAACAUCAUCAUGCCACAACGACAUCUAAAUCUUCCUGAUGACAUUUUAACUAGACUGUUGACUGUUGACCACACCCCCAGAGGGGGCCUCAGUGUGACCAGCGUGGCCAAACAGACCAGUCUUGGAAGGCUGCAUGCGUCUGUGACAAAAAUAAUUUAAAUUUUUUAAAUAUUCUAGAUGUCCUAUCAAAGAUUAUGAGAUCGUUAUUAUUUCUUUAGUACAAUUAUGAUAAUACAGUACAUACUGUAUAUGUUGUAUAAAGAUAAUGAGUUCUUAUAGUUGUCUUGUGGUAGUUUUCUAAAAGAUGCCAGUGGGUGACACUGCUUUUUUCUUGGAAUUAACCUCUCAGUGAACUGGUGUAAACCAGUGGGUUGUUACUCUAGUUUUUAUUAUGAUGUAGAUACGUCUAGUGAAUAUCAUUAACUAUCUCAUGUUUGGUAAACUAGGUCUAUCAGCAGAUUUACAAAGCACAAAAUGAUAUUGUUUCAGAUGGAUACAAUUCAUUAUCUGUGGUUUGGAAGAGCUGACUGAUUCCAUUGCAGACUGGCAAGUUCCUGAGAACUUCAGAACAUAUUCUGCCAUUUUUAAUUCACAUAAUGUGUCUUGACAAAUACUUCUGAAGGUUGUUUGAUUACAAUAUUUAUAAGGAACAUUUGUUCCAUAUCAAUAUAAAAUCUAUUUGUUUUAAAACACUGCUAAAACAAAUCUUGGGUCGAUUGCAUUAUCAUACACAGUUUUGCUCUAAACAAAGCUUACCCGUACAGAUCUCACCUGGACGUCAAAUAUUUUGUCUUCCUGAAUCACAGCUGUUAGAAGUGUUGCAGAACAUUAUCAGAAGCAUAGCUUUGAAAACUAGCAUUAGGCAUGAAAGCCUAAUGAUAUCAGUAAAGUGAAAAUAUAUUACGGAUAUUUGUAAAUAAUGUUUAUGAAUAACAUUCCCAAUACCACCUAUGUAUCAAUUUCAUUGCACUGUAACCUUAUUUAUUUAUUCAGUAACAGCUUUAAGAGAGGCUGCUUAAGAACUACCAAAUGAAUGGUCUGCAUAGAUAAAUUGUUAUCAUUAUGCCAAGAAAGGACAUCAUUUAUUUUAUCUUAAAUGUGGUUAAAUGUGGAUAUGUUAUACUUAAUGCAAAUUAAUGCUUUACAUUCUCAUCAUGAAGGAGGUUUCUCUGAAAAACAGAGUUCUUUUAGCACAAUAAUAUUGGGGAUAAGUGUGGAUCAGGAUUAAAACUUGAGUGGAUUUCUACUUUAAUAAUACAUGUAAACAAUUUUAAUGCAUAAGAUGAUCUUGCUGCAUUGCUUGAGGAUUUUGAAUUUUAAAAAGCAUAUGCAUUGGUUUCUUUUCAAGAGAGACACACUGCUGGACCAUCUAGUCAUGCAUAUUCAAAUGUUAAGUCUCACAAGCAUACCAGUCUAGCAAUUAAUUCAUAUAAAAAUAUUGGGGGUGAUAUGUUUCCCCCAAACCUGUGCAUGUGGUAAAAAGCUGAGCUGCAUUCAGUGUGUGAAGAGAGGCUGCAUGAGGAUUUUAGAGGUGGGUGAGAGCAAAUGUUUGCAGAGGUUGUAUUUUUUUCAGUUUAUACCAUAUUUUCCUAGUAAGUUACCACAUUUGGGCCAAGAAGCAAACUUGUGGUCUGCUCACUUCCUAAGUCAGUUUAACUUGAAUGAAUAAUUGUGUGUUGCAGCUCUGCUUUGCAUUGCCUAAUUCUGUGUCCCAGAGAAGAGCGUAUGAUAGUCAAACCAGGCCUACUGCAUCAAAAGGCUCUAUUCCUUAAGCGCCAAAACGAUUUGCUGGAUUUUAUAUUCAUGUUACAAUGUAUUUUUACAAAGUGCUCACUGUGAAACAGGAAACUCAUAGCCUUCAACUUGGUGUGGCUGUGAAUUGGAGCCAAUGUCAAAGUGUGAAGGAGAAGUCCUGAGGUGUUUAAGUUACGUAUUUGUGAGUGUGAAAGUGACAGGGCAUUAUUCUGCUCUUAUUAAUAGACCCAUUGAUGUUUUAGUGGUGCCUAAUAAUCUCUCUGGACUGUUGUUGAUUAUAUGUAUAUGUGAGUUUUGAUAAGCUGUGGAUAAACUUUGUUGCUGAAGUGUAUUUAUUACAGCUCUGUGUAAUGUAUAGUUUAUGCACUUUGUUUUAUAUACACGUAUGAACUCUGUGUAUCAUAAGGAUUUCAGUAGCGCACUUCAACCAUGGUGCCUUAAGUCAAAGGCCACACCACCAAGACUUCCUGACUAGGACUAGGAUAAAUAACCCAAUUUUUAAAGUACUUGGCAUUUAUCACAGUAAUGGAAUUGAAUCACUAUACCGGAGAACAUUACUUGCAUUUUAUGUAUGUGUAUUGUUGAGAGGAAAUGAUGGACAAAUUCUAAUCCUGAAGGUAAUCCUAAAGGUACUGUAGGUACAUACUGUAUGCUGUGACAGCUUUGUCAAAUACAGAAAGAGGAGAAGAUGAAAGUAAUCAGAUUAACGUUUUUACAUUCAGUCCUAAACUAUUAAUGUGAUUUAAAGGCUUAAAAUAAUGGACCUUUUAAUCAAUGAUGUGUUUUUUUAAAUUGGUGAAGACUGUCAAUGCUCAUUGUAGACUUUGACCUAAUUUAGUACUUCAACAAAAUGGUUCACAGACAUUAUGCUUGUGUUGAUGAUGUGACAAUUGCUAUGGUGACAUUGGCCUUGUUUCCACAAUCACCGUGGGAGUGCAUAUAUAUGAAUGAUAUUUGUAUGUGAAUGUCUCUUCAAUCAAUUGAGGGUUUUAAAGCCUAAAGAUUUUUGUCAAUGUACUUCCCUUAUUUUCUCUCAUAUCAUUUCUCGUUAUCAUUUAUUAUUUCAUAUCCCAUUCAUCAAGCAAGACAAUGGGCUAUAGACUAAGAAUCAGUCAACAUACGUUUAUAGUUUUGCUUAUACACAGACAGUGUUUCAAAUGGGCAAAAUAGGUGAGAAAUGCUGUGGCAAAUCCUGAAAGGAGCAGUUCAUACAAAAAUGGACCAAUUUGUCUGAUUUAAAGCAGUUCUGCAAAGAAGAGUGGGCUAGAAUUCCUCCACAAUGAUGCGAAAGACUGGUCUCAAAUUACAGGAAGCGUUUGGUUGCAGUUAUUGCUGCUAGAGGUGGUGUAACCAGUCAUUAAGUUUAAGGGGGCAACUACUUUUUCACAUGAUUGAUAUGGGUGUAUGAUAACUUUUUUCAUUAAAUAAAUGAAAUAAUUUUUAAAAAUUUGCUUUGUGUUUACUCAGUUUCCCAUUUUGUCUAAAGAUGUGAAACCAUUCAGUGUGACAAAUAUGCAAUAAUAGAGGAAAUCAGGAAGGGGCAAAUACCUUUUCAGAUGACGGUAGCAACGCUGAUUAUUUUUACUGGUUUUGUGAUCAAAAAAUCCUUUCAUUUAAUAAAUCAUUCUGACCAUGAUUUUGA